AUGUCUCACCUUCCCAUCGAACCGGAAUUUGAACAGGCUUAUAAAGAAUUGGCUUUCUCCCUCGACAAUUCUACUCUGUUUGAGAAGCAUCCGGAGUAUCGCAAGGCCCUUCUGGUCGCCUCUAUUCCCGAGCGUACCAUCCAGUUCCGCGUUACCUGGGAAAAUGACAAGGGAGAGCUUGAGGUCAACCGCGGUUACCGCGUUCAGUUCAACUCCGCAUUGGGCCCGUACAAGGGCGGUCUUCGCUUCCAUCCUACCGUGAACAUGUCCAUUCUCAAGUUCCUUUGGCUUUCGAACAAAUCUUCAAGAACGCACUCACUGGCUUAUGCUGCCCUCAAGGUGAUUGAAUUCGGCGGCACUGUCAUCUCCCUCUCUGAUAGCAAGGGCUCGCUCAUUGUCCGAAACGAAGGCGACUCCAUCACUCCCAAGGAGAUUUACGAAAUCCAGGAAUUGAAGGAUCAGCGCAAGCAGCUUUCCGUCCUUGCUGACGCCCCCAACUUCAAGGAUCGAUGCGUGUACAUUGAAGGUGCCCGUCCCUGGUUGCACGCUGGCAAGGUUGACGUUGCGCUUCCUUGUGCUACUCAGAACGAAGUGUCCGGCCCAGAAGCAAUUGGUUUGAUCGAUAACGGGUGCAAGUACAUUGCUGAAGGAUCCAACAUGGGUUGCACGCUUUCCGCCAUUGAGCACUUUGAAGCCCACCGUCAAUUGCACAAGAAGGGAGGUGCGGCCUGGUAUGCGCCUGGCAAAGCCGCCAACGCCGGCGGUGUCGCUGUCAGCGGUCUCGAGAUGGCGCAGAACAGUCAGCGUUUGACCUGGACUGCGGAGGAGGUCGACCAGAAAUUGAAGGAUAUCAUGAAAACCUGCUUCGAGACCGGUGUCAAGACCUCGGAGAAUUAUACCAGCCUGAGUGAGGACCAGUUGCCAUCAUUGGUUAUUGGUAGCAACAUCGCCGGUUUCAUCAAGGUCGCCGAGGCCAUGAAAGACCACGGAGAUUGGUUCUAA